AUGGCCGACUAUGACAGCACAGAUAUCAAAGACGAGAAAGGUAUAGAAGUAUUGAGUAUUUAUUUGUAUACUGAAUCUAAAAAAAAAAAUUCGGUUUUUUUCUAUACCUUUUUCUUUAUUUCUAACCACUUAGGAGUGAAAUAAGGAAAAUGUAAAUUAGACGAUUAGCUUACAAUAUAAGUGCUAAAGAAGGAAUGAUAGUAUUCAGACACUUUUGGAAUGGAAUCAUGACAACCGAGAAAGCAGAACAUGUCUUACAGACUGUUGAGUUGUGCAAUGGAAGAUUUUAUAUUUUAAUCACACCCCAAUAAUAAUAAUUGUUGAACUUGGGACAUUUGUGGCUGAUAUCGAGUCAAACAUAGUCAUCUUGCAUAACUAUUAAGUAGGAUCAUGAGCUCGGGGGGGUACUCAACAAAAUUGUAUAGAGGUAGGUUCUGCCGGAGGUCCAACCCCUUACCUUUUAUGUACCAAACGGAACCUCAUUCAUUUACUUAUUAAGACACUGCAUAUCUUUUAACUGCUGUUAACGCAUCAUCUUUUAAAUAUAAAUAAAUCACUAAAUGAAAAAGUUCUUUUUUUCGUGUGCCGGUUAGUCCUUUUAGGUCCUUUCAUAGACAGCAAUGACAGAUUUCCCCUCCUUUUCAUUUUCUGCAAAUAGUGAAACCCCAUACUAGGGAGUGAGCAGGGUGGGGAUUACACUGUGAAUUAGUUGGGUGGGAGCUGCCCUGGUGGCGCAUAAAACCCUCAGUGACAGUUCCAGGGGAGGGGCCCAUUUUUCUUGUGCUCAAUAUAAUGUGAUACUAAGUGAUUCAUGUGGUUUUACAGCUCUUAGAGAAAAGAAGACAAAGGCAUUGGUGUCACUAAGUGUGGGACUUAUUUUUAUCUUUAUUGGCCUUCCCUUAUGGUGGAACACAACCAAAGUUUACAGGGCUCCCCUUCCUUAUGAUGAAAUAGAACAGUUAAACCAGUUUAAGGUAUGAUUACUUUUAAUGUUAAGUAAUUUAUAGCUUGACAUCAAUCAAUUUUACUACCAUCAAAUUGCUAUAAAAUUUAUUGCAUUUAACAAUUACUAAAAUUGGAUUUCUUUUAGGUUAAGUAUACAGUUAACCUUAAUGUAGUACUUCUUGGAUCUCAAGAUCCUUCUAUUUUAAAACAAGAGAUUGAGCUGGAGCUCAAAAAAGAAACUGGUAAGAUUGUCCAAGAUUUGGUGGGAUGUAUGGAAUAAUAAGGGUCAGUUUAGUUGGUCUUAUUGUACAGCUCGCUUGUGCUCUUUCCUUUCUGAUUUAGAUGAUGGAAGUAUUAUUCAGUUUGAUUGGUUCUCAGGAUUCUUUGGCACCCCUUGUGGGAUAGUGUAGGGGGCUCAUGGUUUGGUUCCAUGGUGUGGGUGAGAGCAGUGUUCCAGAUAAGAGAUGGGUCUUGGGUCAAUGACCUGACAAAGAUGGCUUCCUGAUCCGACAGAUGACAUAUAAGUGUUAAGUUAAAUAUAGCAAAAAAAUUAGCACAUGGUCUCGGUGACCCCUCAGAUGGUCUACAUGACCCCCUGCUCAAAAGAAUUAACUGGAACACUGUAAGAGACAGAAAAAGAGGUAAAUUUAAAUCAAAGAAUGUCCCCGACUUGUUGAGCAAAAUUUCUUUUUAAAAGGUAAAGUGCGAUAGAAUAGCAAUGCUUGACCCCAGACCCUCAGCUGUAUGGGUACCUGUGGACACCAAUUCAUUGCAUGUUUUUCAUAGCUAUACAGAGGCUCACCCCACCUUCCAGGCCUACGAUCACAAGAUUUCCAUGGCUCCACAUCAUUGUGUUUAUUAUUCAAAAACAGUAUUUUUUUUUGGUUGUUGUUACGUGUCCAAUUUCUUUUCUUUUUUACAAUAUUAUUGGUCAGAUAUAUCUGCCAUAACACCAGACUAA